GAUGGACCUUUAUAAAACCGUGACCCCCAUACCCGGAAAAACCUAUGCGAUUCACCCAUACUCUGAUCAAGACAAUCCUUGCCUGAGUGUGAAAGGUGCCGAAGUAGCAGUCACUGUCGACGGCUCAUCUGUGUGCAUCCGUUAUUGGGAAGGCGCUGCAUCACAAAAAUGGGAAUGCGUCGAGAAAAAUGGUUGGCUUGGCUUCAUCUGUCGUGCAUCUACAGGUGGCGCUAAUGGUGCUUACCUGGGAUAUAACGUUUAUGAGGUUCUCGUGACUUUAGCGGUUGUGGUACAUGAUGAUGGCUGUGAGUGGAAGAUGCGCAAGGAUGAUCAUCUUGCAUAUGUUGGCAUAGUCUAUGCGAGCGAACUCAAGAUGUUGCCUGACCGUACUACCAAUUGGGGGUUUACAGAGUGGGUUUUAUAGUGUUAGAAUCGUUCCACCCAACACAUAUGUUUGGACUGUGUACCUACCAACUCCCUGUUGAGAACUGAUAUAUAAUACUUGAACUGUGUUUUCGAUCAUCGCCUGUCUCUAGCUUGGCUGACAAUAGAUCCAAUCAACUGCCGCAGCGAUGCGAGAGUCUUCGAUUCAUCGCAUGCACGCUCAGGAGACUGCGCCGCCAGACCAGAGUUCAGCGGAGCUUCGGGGCUCAAAUGUACUGCGCCGGGUUUGGAUAGAUAUUGCAUCGAGUAGCGGGAAUGGGACCUUCCAUAUGCAGUCAUUUCACUGUGUACUAUCCAGAGUAAGCGUGCAGCCGUAAAGUUCAAGUUGCAUUACUGGAAACUCGCCGGGAAGACGGCAAGUAACACUGAGACGAAUCGAACAAGAUUGACAAGGAUGAAGGUAUGAUUCUUUUGAGCGUUAUACAGGUG